AUGGCUACCAGAGUCCAGGUCGAGACGUCGACCAUGUCCUACACGAAACCCCGGCCUAUCGUCGCUGUCGAGGAGAUCCGCGGUCACGAAGAUCCAAGUGUCCUGGUAUUAUAUGAAAGAGAUCAAGAGCACAUUGUUGCAGAGAUAGCCGGUGUGCUCGGUCAACAGUGGCGUCUGAUCACUCCCGAAGAAAAGGAGUUUGCACCCAUGGAUGGUACUGUCAUCGGACUCUCCGAGGCCCAUGACAUAUCUCAGCUGCAAAGGUGGCGCGGUUCCAGCACCGUUCUAGCUACUCACUGUCUGGACGACGCCAACCCUGCAGUCGGUUCUCGCUCCUCUGUCUGCGAUUACGAAUACUUGUACACAACCAAGCCCUUUCUUAGAAGGGACCUGGCCAGAUUUCUGUCCUUCAUCCUGGGGCAGAUCAACCCUCACAAGGACCUGGCUAAGAAGGCGAAAACGACAUUGAUCUCUACCACCUUCCCAGAUGUCCAUGCUGCCCUGCCCAAUCUUGAUAUACUCUCUGUCGGCGCAGACGCCAUAGAGAUUCGUGUCGAUUUACUCAAGGAGACGAAGCCUGACGGCUCUUUCAGCGAUGUUCCAAGCCUGCAGUAUGUCGGCGAGCAGCUCAUGACUUUGCGGCAACGAACAGAAUUGCCAAUCAUAUUCACAACUCGCUGUACGAAAGAGAACGGACGCUUCCCCAUGGAUGACCCCAAGUUGUUCUACGACUACUUGUAUCGCGCUGUACAGUGGGGCUGUGAAUAUAUCGAUGUUGAGCUUUGGCUGCCAGAAGAGAUACGGCGUAAACUCGCUUCACAAAAGGGGAAUAGCAAGAUCAUCUCCGCCUUCCACGACUUCUCCGGCACUUUCAAGUGGACUUCGCCUGAUGCUCAGAAGUUGUUUGAGCAAGGAGCUAUCUAUGGAGACGUUGUCAAGAUGAUUGCUCUUGUCAGCACCAUGCAAGAGAAUUACGAGCUCGAGUACUUCCGGUCUAUAAUCCAGAGCACCUAUCCCUACCCCCCAUUUUCCGGACUGAAUAUGGGACCUAUGGGACAACUUUCGCGAGCCUUGAACAAGAUCUUUACGCCUAUCACGCAUCCUCUUCUACCUAUCAUCGCCGCACCAGGACAACUCAGUGCUGCAGAGAUCAAUUCUGCACUUCACUCAAUGGGUCAAAUGCCCAAACUUGACAUGUACUGUUUUGGUGGCAUGCGUGCUACUGGGCAAGCCAUGUUCUUCGAAAAGUGUAUCAAUGAAUUGAGCUUACCACACCAGCUUGUGUGCGUUGAACAAAGCUCACAAGAUGGCCUCUCCACCGUGGUCAAGAUACCUCAUUUUGGAGGUGCUUUCAUCAAUCCUCCAAUCGCCGCAUCGGCUCCCUGCCUACCCUCGAUUUCGGAUGCAGCCGCCUCCAUUGGCCAGAUCGAUACUGUAGUCGCUCGCUCAGAUGGCAAUAAGUCAAGUCUUGUCGGUGACAAUGCGACGUGGAAGGGAAUCAGAGCUACUCUUUGCCGAGAUUUUGUUCCCUCGGCAUAUAGUGGACAGGCUGCGCUAUUGCUCGCCAGUCAAGAAUCUCAGGCAGCAGCAGCGAUAUUUGCUCUCCGUAGUCUGAACAUCGGACCUAUCUACACUAUUGGUUUCAAGGUCCAAGGACCGCUUUCUGGCUUUGUCACCCCCUUCAGAGGUCUGGAGGACGUCAAAAAGGUUGAGCAGCCAUCGGUCAUCAUCUCGGCACUCAGAGCGGACAAAUCGCUUUUGGUUUCACCUCUACUGAAACACUACGGCAGCCACAAGCAUGAACAGCGUAGGGCAGCAAAGGUCUUCCUAGACCUGAGCAACGGACCUCGAAAAGGCGAUCCGGUCGCGCUCGCAGCAGCACAGGGCUGGACCGCUUACGGCAUCGCCGACGUCAAUGCGUGGACGACAGUCGAAACACUGAGGCUUCUGGUAGGACAGAAUGUUCCCUACGACUUUGUGCGGUUGGCAGCUGGACGAAGCAUCUACUGA